AUGAUGUAUGUAACGCAGCACAAUGUCGAACAGGUGGCGUACAGCAAACAUGCAGCAACGCAAGCUGGUUCCCCGUUGAAGAAUUGGAUUCACCUGGCAUACUCGAUGAAGACCGUAAUAGAAUUUUACACACUAUUCGCAUUCAUUUGCACGUUAUCGCAAGCUCUCGAGAGACGAAGUGUCUUCUACGUCAAACACAACUCCACCGAAAAGACGCAAAAGUCGGUUUCAUCCAGCGAUGAAAAACCAACCCUCUGGCUCAAGGAUCACGAUGCACCACGGAUACGACCGCAUUUCAGCCUGACUAAAACGUCCAAUUUUUUGUUCGACCUAAACCGGUACCGCUGCGGCGAGCCGGUAAAUGCUGACUGCAUCAAUCGAACGGUGCUGUUCCGAACGAAAAUCAUUGGCGAGCUUCGGAAGCGACUGAAAGAACCGUUCACCGACGGUGAUCACUAUCAGGUGCGGUAUGGCCGUCCGCCGGAACCAGUACCAAGUCCAGUUUGUCGGAUGGUACGGGCGAAUGUGCGUGUACUAUCCUGGAAGGAACCUCCCUUCACGUGGAAUGAAAUCGGUAGCUACCUGCCGACUACGCCAUUGUUCGGUAACAUCACUAACGGAAGCUGUGUCAUCGUUGCCAGUGCCGGUUCUCUGAAACGAUCGCAGCUUGGUUCGUUCAUCGACGAGCACGACAUCGUGAUGCGGUUUAACCAUGCACCUACGGAAGGGUACGAAGGGGACGUUGGCUCAAAGACAACCAUCCGGGUUGUAAACUCGCAAGUCGUUACGAAGCCCGAGUAUCGGCUGCUGACAGCACCACUGUUCCGGAAUGUCACGAUUGCUGCCUGGGACCCGGGCAAAUACGAUCAAUCUCUCUCCGAAUGGCUGGCCACGCCGGACUUUAAUCUGUUCGAAAACUUUAAAAAGUUCCGCAGCAAUCACCCACAGUCGAACUUUCACAUCAUCGAUCCACGGAGUAUCUGGCGAGCAUGGACCGCUUUGCAAGACUUAACGCCAACACCAAUACGAAAAAAUCCACCAACAUCGGGGUUUAUCGGACUUGGAUUACUGAUGCCUGUUUGUCGAUACAUAGACGUGGUGGAGUACAUCCCGAGCACUCGCAUGAACGGAUUGUGUCAUUACUACGAUGACGAACUUAACCUCGGCUGUACAUUCGGAGCCUGGCAUCCGCUGGCGGCCGAGAAGCUACUCGUCUUCCAAAUGAACUCGGCCGAUGACUACAGCGUCUUCCAGCAGGGCACCGUCCGCAUACGUACCGACCAGCUUGACCGCUGCUAGAGAGCGACUACUUCCGGCACCUGUCC